CGGGGCCACCAUGGCCGAGUCGCAGCUGGCCUGCCUGGACGAGGCCCACGUCCACCAGCGGCCGACGGAGGCCCAGCCCGCCUUCUACUACUGCGAGAGGCAGAGGGCCGCCCUGGAGGCCCUGCUGGCCCGAGGUCACUCGGCUUACCGGGCCGAGCUGACCAAGGAGCGGCUCCGGGACUUUCUGUCCGGUCCCGAGCGCCGGACCCUGCGGGCGGGCUGGAGCCCCUACGGGGAGGCGGAGGCGGAGCCGCCCCCCGGACAGACGGGGACCGACCCGUCGCCGGCCUACUGGCCCGACCGCUCGGACACCGAGGUGCCGCCCCUCGACCUGGGCUGGGCCGACACCGGCUUCUACCGGGGCGUCGGCCGAGUCACCCUCUUCACCCACCCCCCCAAGGAGGAGAAGGCGCCCCACCUCAAGGAGGUCGUGCGGCUCAUGCUCCAGCAGGCCCAGAAGGUGAUCGCUGUGGUGAUGGACCAGUUCACAGACGGAGACAUCUUUCGAGACAUCGUCGACGCCGCCAACAAGCGUCGGGUCCCCGUGUACGUCAUCCUGGAUGAGGCGGGGGUGAAGUUCUUCCUGGAGAUGUGCGGCACCCUGGAACUGAACGACUUCCGCAUCCGGAACAUCCGGGUGCGCUCCGUGACAGGUGUCGGAUUCUACAUGCCCACAGGCAAGGUCAAAGGGACCUUGGCCUCCCGAUUUCUGAUGGUGGAUGGUGAUAAAGUGGCUACUGGGUCCUACAGGUUCACGUGGAGCUCCUCUCGGGUGGACAGGAACAUCCUCCUGGUGCUGACGGGGCAGUACGCGGAGCCCUUCGACCUGGAGUUCCGGGAGCUGUACGCCAUCUCGGAGGAGGUGGACCUCUACCGGGGACUGGGCCUGGUGGCCCCGGCCGGCCGCCUGAACCGGAACUUCUCCUCCUCCACCGUGGCCCGCAAGCUCAUCAACCCCAAGUACGGGCUGGUGACCCGCCACCCUCCGGGAGAGAUGAUGCGUUGGGCCGCGCGACAGAGGCAAGAGGCGGCCGGCAGGAGGCUGGAGGAGGAGGAAGAGGAGGGCCGGGGCGAAUCGACCCGGCGCUUGGAGAGUUUCCUCCACGACCUCGUCACGGUGGAGCAGGCGCUGCCGCCCAUCGAGCCCCCGCUGGAGGACCUGGCGCGCAAGGCCGGGGGCAGCAAGGUGGUCUCCCGCUUCCUCUUGGACCUGAAGCCCAGGCCCCGGGAGCCGCCCUCGCCGGACAAGAAGGGCGAGGCGGUGGUGGCUGUCAACGGCCAGGCCAAGACGGGCAAGCGUUUCGGCAGCGGGCUCUUCAGUCGGAAAACCAAGCGAUCCCCCAACGGCCUGGUCAGCUCUCUGUCCAGCGAGACCUUCGCCGAGGGGGAGUUCGUGGUGGUGAGGAGGCCGGCCCCGGAGUCCGUCAGCCGCAGCACCGUCAGCGGCUCGACGGUUCGGAGCAGCCCCGACGUCUCAGGUAAAACCAGUUCUGGCUCCACCAAGUCAAACUGUGUGAUUUCAUGAGGCAGAGGCCCGGGGUGCCCGGGGGGGACCCCCUGCAAGAUGGGCUGACUUCGCCACUCCUCCUGCCCACCCACCCGCCUCAACCUGCUCAUCCUGUGGAGACGGCAGCAGUUUGCACACUUCGAACCCCUCCGCCUCAGGCCUGGGGAACCUUCCCCCACCGUCCCCGACCCACCCCGACCUGCCCGAGAGUUUGCCCAAGCGGGAGGGCGGCGACCAACCCCGUGGAACAGGCGCGCGUCCUCCGGCUGGCUUCCCCAAAGCCGCGGCCGGGACCGCAGUUCCUCCUUGUUUACAGCCAGACGUGCGGAGGAAUGUGCCGUCUUUUCCGGCUGCCGUUUCCGGGUCACGGGGCUCCAGGCUGGGGUGUGGAUGGACCCCAUGCCACAGACGGGCCUGGAGACGCUUUCCUACCUACUGGGUCGGAAGGGGACGAGAGCUUGUGGACUCGAUGUUGCACCCUAGAAACCUAAAGACGGUUGUGGGCGCCUUCUCUUGCCCGACGUGGAUGGGAAGAGAGGAGGGAAAGGGAAGGAGAUGGUACCCGAUAACAUCUAAGUUUGAAAUCUUUCUCGGGGUAGAGGGGGUCAGGUUUCGGCCCAGUCCCAGCUCUGGACUGCACCGUGAGCCCAACCCCUCCGAGUGAGAAGAAACGCCGAGGCCAGGGUUAGCAUGGGGUUUCGCGGUGGAAGACUUAAUGUUCUCUCCCUCCUCCGUUGCCAUCUCAUUCCCAAGCGGGGAUGGCUGAGAGGGGGUCUACCUCUGCUCACGGUGGAGGCCAAGCCCCGGGCGGGCUUCAAGUGCCACGUCAUCCCUCACCCGAGCCCCUCAAAGUGCCGUGUUUCGCCGUGGGUCCCCUGCCCAAGGCGCGCUGGUGUAAUCCCAAACAUGAGCCUGCAAUAAAGCCUCCGUUCAUCUUCA